AUGACAAAAGGCGUAGCAAGUGGCAGACAACGACGGAGAGUGGAUGGCUUGCUGGCGCAUAUGAUCUUCGGGAUGCGCGGGCCAUUUGCGACGCUCAAGGCGGACCAUACGUUCCUCUUGGACGUGCUGCGAUACGGCUGGGAUUCGAAUUAUACCGGAGUGGUGAGCAUGGAGGGCAAAAUCACGGUGCUUUUCCGCGGUCUAAAAGAACUUCCUGCCGGUCACUACCCGAACCUGAAUCUCCCGAGAGUCAAGACGUUACCCAAGGUGGUCAUGACUGGUAGUCAGAUCCGUGAUACAAACCUGCACAUCGUAAACCGCGACUACCAGGCUCUGGUACAGAUUGAUCAAAUAGACGAAGACGAUGAUGGUCUGGGUACUUACCUCUUUACUUUCGACGGAUAUGUUUGUUGCUCAUCGGUAUUAGAGCGUGGGCCGGAAUCCGAACCAGAGAGUGGGCCGGAAUCCGAACCAGAGAGCGGGCCGGCGGUAUCCAACCCGCAUACGGUGGGCCGACGGGGGCAGGGUGUGAAGUGGAAGAAGACACUGGGUCGGGUCUGGAACAAAAUGCGCAACGCCAGAGGAGACGCCCAGGGAUCCGCCCAGGGAUCCGCAAGCGAAGAACAGAGUCUUGAGCCUUUCUACGACAACAACCGACUUUGA